AACCAUAACCUCCUUCCACAUCUCUCCCUCUGGAUCGAGAAAUCUCCGAUCCAUUCUUCUCCGUCUGCCAAAAUCCCCACUUCACGAAUCGCAAAAGAUCAAGGUUUAUUGAUCUAUUGCGAAAUUAGGGUUUGUGAAUUCGAAUCGGAGAUUAAUAAUAGAUUUUGUGAUGGAGUGUUCAUCACGCAUAGAAGAAUCUUGAUUUCGAUCUCGAUGAAAUUAGGAAUCGAGGGAUUUUAUUUAUAAUUGAGAUGGUGAAUAUUAAAAGCCCUUUACGGCUAUUCAUAGAGGAGUCGAUUAAGGAAUUAAUUAGGGGUUUCAGGAGACAAAGGAUCAAAUGGAGAAAUGCGUUUCUUCUUGGUUCUAUAAUGACUACCAUUGUUGUUCUGCUUCAUACACCAACGUUUUCAGUCUUCUCUGAUGAAGAAGAAACCGAGUCUUCUUCUUCUUCGCCUAUUUACUUGAAUGGUUCUCUGCAUUUGAAUAUCCAUAUUGUUAGUAGUGAAGCAAAAGUUGAAAAUUUUCAUACUCUUAGAACAAGAACUCCUAUUGUGCAAUUGAAUGCUUCUGAAGCAAGUGAAGCUGUUCUUUCGAGAAAAAGGCGAAAAAGGAAGAAAAGAAAGAAGACAAAAGAUGAUCUGAUUCUCACUGAUCCUCCACCAGCACCACGACAUGUUCUAUCUUCCUCAGAGAGACGUGCUCUUUCCUUGCCACCGAAGAAAGCUCUUACUUAUGCAAAACUGGAGAUUCAGCGUGCCCCGGAGGUCAUAAAUGAUACAGAUCUGUUUGCCCCAUUGUUUCGAAAUCUCUCUGUUUUCAAAAGGAGCUAUGAGCUUAUGGAACUAAUACUAAAGGUCUACAUAUAUCCUGACGGAGACAAACCCAUCUUCCACGAACCGCAUUUAAAUGGUAUAUAUGCUUCAGAAGGUUGGUUUAUGAAGCUAAUGGAGUCAAACAAACAGUUUGUCACAAAGAACCCUGAGAGGGCUCACUUGUUCUACAUGCCAUAUAGUGUGAAACAGCUUCAGAAAAGUAUCUUUGUUCCUGGAUCACAUAACAUCAAACCUUUAUCGAUCUUUCUUAGAGACUACGUCAACAUGCUCUCCAUCAAAUACCCCUUCUGGAACCGCACUCAUGGGUCAGAUCAUUUCCUUGUCGCUUGCCACGAUUGGGGUCCUUACACAGUGAACGAGCACCCAGAGCUAAAACGAAACGCUAUUAAAGCUCUCUGCAAUGCAGACUUAUCAGAUGGAAUCUUCGUCCCGGGGAAAGACGUUUCUCUCCCUGAAACAUCCAUAAGAAACGCAGGUAGACCACUACGCAACAUAGGAAACGGAAACAGAGUUUCUCAACGUCCCAUCCUCGCUUUCUUCGCUGGAAACCUCCACGGUCGUGUCCGUCCAAAGCUUCUAAAACACUGGAGAAACAAAGACGAGGACAUGAAAAUCUACGGUCCGCUUCCACACAACGUAGCUAGGAAAAUGACUUACGUACAACACAUGAAAUCAAGCAAGUACUGUCUUUGUCCAAUGGGUUACGAAGUGAACAGUCCACGUAUCGUUGAAGCUAUAUACUAUGAAUGCGUCCCUGUAGUGAUCGCUGAUAACUUCAUGUUACCGUUCAGCGAUGUGCUAGAUUGGUCAGCGUUCUCAGUGGUUGUACCGGAGAAGGAGAUUCCACGGCUGAAGGAGAUACUAUUGGAGAUUCCUAUGAGGAGAUAUUUGAAGAUGCAGAGUAACGUGAAGAUGGUUCAGAGACAUUUCUUGUGGAGCCCUAAACCUAGAAAGAUUAAACCGUUUGUGAAAGAGCGCAUUACUAUUUUAAAGCUUCUCCUUCAGCCCGCGGUUUACCACGUUUGGAAAAAGCGCAACGCUAGGAUCUUCACCAGCAUUCCAUCUUCGGUCUCCACUCAGUGUUUGGCAAUUGAUAAGACCUUGAGGAAUCGUCUUUUGUCCUUUCCUUCCUCAGACAUGCGCUCUUCCACUACUCUUCUUCAUUUUUACUUCUCUUGUAUCUCUUAACUCAAGUAACAUUUGUCUGACUGUUCCUAUGUUAUUGGGUUUACAGUAUGUAAUUUAGGUUGUAACCUCACGUUUCGUAUAAAAUCUUAACAUUAGACCCAAAAAAAAAAAAACUUUUUUUUUUUUUUUUUCAAUAGACAUUUGAGUAAUCA